CUGUGACGUAUUUAAAUUCAAAAGAAACCAUAUACCUAUGUACAUGAAUGUCCAAAAUGACUGACCUAAACUGGAUUCUCAUUAUUGCUAUCUGUAUACUAAAUGAAGUUAUACCAGUCACAGCCGGCUACUGUUAUUACAGCUCAUACUACUCCUACUACUAUUGUGAUUCCUCUUCUUCUUCUUUUCCGACUGGUGCUAUUCCCGGGAUAGUUGUUGGUUGCAUCAUCUUUGGAGUUAUAGUUUUUGUUGUUGUUAUGAUAGUAUGCAAGCAAACGAAAACCAGUGGGAAUAGAGGAACCGUUGUGCGUCCAACCGCAACCAUAACUACUGUCCAGGCUCAACCUCCAGGGCCAUCGUUUCCAAAUCAGCCAGCCGGUAUGAGUUAUCCCCCACCACCAGGACAGAAUAUGGCAUACCCUCCUCCUUCUCAGGGACAGUUUGGUUACCCACAACCACCUCCUCCCCAAGGACAAUUUGGUUACUCACAGCCUCCUCCUCCACCAGCUUACGGAGGUUACGGGGCACCACCACCGAAAUAUUGAUUAUAUUCCUCGAUCUAUUUUCAAAGGCUAACUUUCGGAUUAAUAUUCACAGAGUAUAGACUUGUAUAAAUAUCAAAUUACAAUUUUCAAAAAAUUACUAUUCUCUAAACGUAUAAAAAAACUUGACUAAAAAAAGGGACGAAAGAUACCAGAGGGACAGUCAAACUCACAGAUCGAAAACAAACUGACAACGCCAUGGCCAAAAUUAAAAGACAAACAGACAAAUAAUAGUACAGAUGACACAACAAAGAAAACUAAAGACUAAGCAACACGAACCCCACCAAAAACUAGGGGUGAUCUCAGGUGCUCCGGAAAGGUAAGCAGAUCCUGCUCCAUAUGUGGCACCCGUCGUGUUGCUUAUGUUAUUACAAAUCCGGUAAAUAGUCAAAUUCGGUAAGACUAACUAUAUCACUACAUAUUGUAACGUUCAUGGUGAAAAGGAUAACAAUUAAUGAUCAAUUUCUGUUUUGCUGAUAAUAUUUCAUAGAAAGAUUUAUUGCAAUUUACUGUUCUUAGAGGAACACGCCUUUUGGUGAAUUAUUUAUAUUUUUUCCUCAAUUCAAACCUCUAAAUUGCACCUACGAAAGUCUUGUGUUGAGGUAUAUCGGUUGGCAACGAUUUAAACUUUAAAAUGCAAAUGUCAAAAUAAAUUGACCAUAAAUUAAA